GCUCUUGGGCAGAGCGAUAAGGGCGAGAGUAGGAGGAACGGUCCGUGGGAAGAUGUCUUCUGGGCUCAGGACCGCGAGUUUCCCCGCCUGGAAGCGCCACAUCCUGGACGAGCUGAGGCGACGGGAUCGGCUCCAGAGGCAGGCCUUUGAAGAGAUCAUCUUGCAGUAUAACAAAUUGCUGGAGAAGUCGGAUCUCCAUACAGUGCUGGCUGACAAGCUACAAGCAGAAAAAUAUGACUUGCCAAGCCGGCAUGAGAUCAGUCCCGGACACGAUGGUACAAGGAAUGAUGCUCAUUUGCAAGAAAUAGCCCAGCUAAGAAUUAAACAUCAAGAGGAAUUGACAGAGCUACACAAGAAACGUGGCGAGUUGGCCCAAUCUGUGAUUGAUCUAAAUAACCAAAUACAACAGAAGGACAGAGAAAUGCAAAUUAAUGACGCAAAGAUUGCAGAAUAUUUGCAAAAGAUAUCUGAGCUAGAAACAGAGUGCCAGGAGCUACGCAAUAUGCUGCAAGAUCUUGAGCGAGCCAAUCAGACUCUUAAGGAUGAGUAUGAUGCUCUUCAGAUCACUUUCACAGCUCUAGAAGAGAAAUUAAGAAAAACAACCGAAGAUAACCAAGAAUUGGUGACUCGUUGGAUGGCAGAGAAGGCUCAAGAAGCUAAUCGUCUCAAUGCAGAAAAUGAGAAAGAUUCAAGAAGGCGACAGGCCAAACUUCAGAAAGAACUAGCGGAAGCUGCUAAGGAGCCACUGCCAGUCGAACAGGACGAUGAUAUUGAAGUGCUUGCGGAUGAAACCUCAGAUGCUGCUGAGGAUACAUCUCCAGUGCGUGCUGUCAGCCGGACAGCUAGUAAGCGACUUUCCCAGCCAGCUGGAGGCCUUCUGGACUCUAUCACUAAUAUCUUUGGUCUGUCUGAGUCUCCCCUUUUGGGACAUCACUCUUCUGAUACCGCCAGGAGGCGCUCUCACUCCUCAAUUUCGGUCCCCCAAGAUAAUGUCGAUAAGCAUCUGGGUGUAAGCAAAGACGUGCGAGUUCCUACCACUGCAGUGUGUGUUUUUGAUGCUCACGAUGGGGAGGUGAAUGCAGUCCAGUUCAGCCCUGGCUCUCGGUUAUUGGCAACAGGGGGCUUGGACCGGAGAGUAAAACUCUGGGAAGUCUUUGGAGACAAGUGUGAAUUCAAAGGUUCCCUUUCUGGCAGUAAUGCGGGUAUUACAAGCAUAGAGUUUGAUAGUGCUGGUUCUUACUUAUUAGCAUCUUCGAAUGACUUUGCCAGUAGGAUCUGGACUGUAGAUGAUAAUCGGUUGCGGCACACGCUCACAGGGCACAGUGGGAAAGUCUUGUCAGCCAAAUUCCUGUUGGACAAUGCACGCAUCGUGUCUGGGAGCCACGACAGAACCCUCAAGCUGUGGGACCUACGCAGCAAAGUCUGUAUAAAGACUAUAUUUGCAGGCUCCAGCUGCAAUGAUCUGGUCUGCACAGAACAAUGUGUGAUGAGUGGACACUUUGACAAGAAAAUUCGCUUUUGGGAUAUUAGAACUGAGAGCACAGUACUAGAAAUGGAACUCCUUGGUAGGAUUACAGCUCUAGAUCUCAACCCAGAGAGAACAGAGCUCCUCUCCUGUUCUCGGGAUGAUCUGUUGAAGAUAAUUGAUCUUCGAGUCAAUUCUGUUAAACAGACUUUUAGUGCCCAGGGAUUUAAAUGUGGGUCUGACUGGACCAGAGUUGUAUUCAGCCCUGACGGCAACUAUGUGGUGGCUGGCUCAGCAGAUGGGUCCCUCUAUAUUUGGAAUGUGCUCACUGGAAAAGUGGACAAGGUGCUCUCCAAGCAUCACAGCAAUUCUAUCAAUGCUGUGGCAUGGUCACCAUCGGGAGCCCAUGUCGUCAGCGUGGAUAAAGGAAACAAGGCUGUCCUAUGGUCUGACUUUUGACUCAAAGGCACAAAUGCCAGCAUGCCAAAAACCUGCAUGGGAGAGCAAUGCUCUGUGUCUGGACGAGAUUGGAGUUCCAGUCAGUGAUCUUUUGCUAAGUGCAUAGGUUUGACACUAGGAAAGAACUGUGAUGCAGCAACCAAGGAAGU